AUGUCCUCCAAUUCGACUAACCAGCAUCCUUCGACUUCUCUGAACGACCAUGCAUCCCAAUCGAAUUCAAACACCCACCUCGAUGCGAACAAUAGCUAUACAGCGAAUGACAAUCAGCUUGCGGGCUUAGUGGAAGCUGCCACCGCGGCUGCAGACCAAGACCAAGAUUUAUCGCACUGGGCGGCGGCCGCGGCUGCGGUAAAUAGCCAGCAACUAGAUAGCUAUGGUCAGGAUAUUCAUAUCGGAGAAGACAGCUUCAGCGAUGCGAACUUUGGUUCUGGCAUGGGAAAUAGUAGACAUUUGAGAGUCCCAAAUGACCAUGGCCAGAGCCCCGGCUUGUCUCGCACUGUUUCCAAAAAGCGAAAGCGAAAUGAUGAUAACCUCGACCCUGCACUAGCUGGAACCGGUCUUCACCAGCAGCAACAUUCGCAAUCGUCUCAACAAGCUCCGCAUGGAUACUCUGGAGAUAAUAUGGAUAUUCGGCCCGUACCCCCUCAGUCUUUGUCUGAAGCUCGCGCUGUCGGUGUACAUUCAGCCGCAGCGCUGUUUAGACAGCCAUCUAGCAACAAGAAGUAUACUCGUCCCCCUAUGUCGAAGCUGUUUGCGUCACUUGAACUCUCGCCUGAAAAUUUCCUCCACCUACAGGCCGCGGCGAAAGGAUUUAUGCUCGAUGAUGAUCAUCCUGAGCGACGGGACUGUGUGGGCCAACGAGGUAAAGGCGACACUGAGAUGGUCAAGUUACGGCUGUGGAACUGUGUUCGGCACUUCCUCGAAGCGGAGGGAAAUGGCGAGCGAUUCUUCGGAGAAGAUGUGUUGAACGAAGGCAUGGGCACAAGGACUUAUAUCUGGCCCCGCGAUCAGCAGAAGAUAAUCUCUUUAGUCAUUCCGCUAUUACGUCGAAUGGUUACCAACGAACGUCAACGUCAAUAUGCGAUUGAAACCCGCAAAGGCGGUCCUGGGGAUGAGCGUCGUCGCCGUCAGACAAACGAAGGCUUCCAAGACGACUUCAAUGGCUCUCGCUUCUCACCCAUUCAACAACUCCAGCUGCAUAACCAGGGACACCGACCGGAUGACGUGCAGCAACCCAUGCAACCACCCUCCGUUCAGAUCCAUCAAGACACCAUGGACACAAACCAAGCCAUGGACCUUGCUUUGACUGACCUUCUCCUUGAUGGAUAUUCGAUGGAAUGGAACGAUUUUGCCAAGUCUUAUGAUACGUAUAAUCAAGGGUACGAAUUGGAUAAUUUGUGGUCUUUGUCUGGUCUUGAACAACCCGAAUGGCGUGGUUUAGUCGCAGCCGUUGAUAGCCAUUAUCGUAUUGUCCACAACGGCGAUUACGAGUGUCCAAGUCCUUGUGAGGACGCCAACGUUGAUCGUAUUAUUCAUGCCGAUUCCACUAUGGGCCUGUCUUGGCGUAUUGGAGGUGAACGCAAUACCCCAGCGCGCGAUGAUUUUGCUAGUAGUAUCACUCGAGACGUCUCGCGAAUUAUUCGCGAGAACAUCGCUACAAGACAGGGCGAUCAUGCGGCAGUCAACAACCACGCGCCAAAUGCAGGCCACCAACUCCAUAAUCAUCAACCCUUUGUUCCCAUUUCGUCCUCGAACGCUCCAUCUAAUCCCCCUUCGUCAAAUGAGACAUAUCUCCGAAUCAACCUUCUCCAGCAAGGAAAACGCAUUCUUCCUCGACUGGAUAUCCCGGCUGUUCAGUGCACCAGCGCUGACUCGAUGAAGCAGUCUAUAAUACGGCGCUACCCAACCCAAAUCCCUGGUCUGAAUUUUCUCGCGGAUACUGAGAAUCUAGAUUCGGUCGCUCAACAAACACGAGAUGCCGUUACUGCCACCUGGAAAGUCACUGCUUGGCUUCCUGAUGGUCUCAUUCCUAUUCACAGUGAAAAGGAAUGGACCUUUGCCCUUCUGUCUGCAGAAACAGUAGACUGGAUGGACGGGGAACUGAAGGUCUUGGUGGACAUUGAUUGA